AUGAAAUUUGCACUUUUGAUAACGUUAACCAUUUAUUCGACGAAUGCCAUGGUUAAUGUCGUUCCAAGCGUAAAUCCCCAUGUUUUUGUCAGAGAGAUAAAUGAACUGAGACGUCAUAACAACUACUCGCCACCUCAAGGCUUUCUGAAUAAUACAGGCUCGGAACAGAUCAGUUUGAAACGGAAAAACACGGACCGCAAAAUUUCUCGAAAGUUCAAGAAUCUCUCGAUUACGGCAAAAGCAUCUCAAUCCGAUUUCCAUAAAUUUGGUGCUGGUGCCAUAGAAACGCGAAAUUCGCGUAAGUCGUUUUUUGUUUUAUUAAUUAGGGGAAGCUCUGACCAUAGGGGAGGCUCGGAUCUCAGAAAGAAUCAGUUAUUUUUUUCUGACCAUCGGAACUCACCAAAUUUCAACGGGGCAGUUGAUGAUUACACAAUGAAAGAUCAAAAGGCUAAUGAGAUUCAUGGCCUUUUGACCGAUCAGCAAACAAGUCGAGAGAAUUACAAUAAAGAGAAACUGAAAUCUUCACAUUUUGAAAAUAAAACAAAUACAAUUGAGAAAAACGGCAGCGUUUCGCCAAUCGACAACAGAACUUUAGCCAAUGAAAAGAAAAUCUUUAAUCCAAAUAAAAUUCAGCCUUUAAACAUUCACUUAUUGAAUGGGCAUGAACAUAAAACUUUGGAUAAAGGGGGUCACAAAAAUCACAUUUCAAUUGAAAAAAGGGCUAAUUCUGCACCUGUUAUUGAGAACAAAGAAACUGAGUUAUCACAAAACAGUGAUUUGGAAAUUAAUGAAUUCAAUGCUAAAGAAGUUAAUAAUUUCCUCCAUGUAAUGAAUCGCUUCAUUUCAAUUGGAGGACAUGCUAUGAAAGAUCUGAUGGAUGUUCAUGGAAGCACAAUGAAUAGCCAAGAAAGAAUUAGCUUCAUUUAUGCUGUUAAAACGUCUAGUACGGAAAGAAUGUUUAAUAUUGUUAAAGAUAUAAUGAAUAUCUUUGAAAUGAAUGGUAAUUAUUGUUCUUGA